AUGAGUUCUCCUAUAUAUAAUUCACAUAUAUUUCAGGUUUUCAAUGUAUCUGAACUCCCUUCUAACAAAUUGGUGAAAGAAUUACUUAAUAAUGUUGAUAUCCAUAAAGAACUAUCUGAAAUUAAAAUAAGUACAGACUCCUCUGAAAUUAUUAGUAAAAUAACAGAUUUUAAUGCAUCGAUUCAAGUUGGAUAUAAUAAAAUAAAAGAUGAAUGUACUACUCUUAACAAUCAAAAAUGCUGCAGAGCUUUGAACUAUUAUUUAGAUAUCGUAACUGCAAAUAUUUAUUUAUCUCAAUUAAUGGAUAAUUUUAAGCCUGAUUUGAUAACUUUUCUCGAAGAACCAUGGAAUACAAAACGUAAUAACCCAAAUUAUCAAUGUGAUAGAGACACAGAUAAAUUUUCUAUACUUAAAAGAUGUAUAAUAAAACAAAUAUAUGAUUUUCAUUAUGAUAAGGAUUAUUUCAUAAGUUAUUCAGAAAAUGCUAAUGAUUUAAUUCAAAAGUAUAAUGAAUAUCUCAAUAAGAAAUGGUGCAGCAUAAUUAAAAAUGAGAAGUCAACUAUUACAGAAAAAAAAGUAAAAGUUACUAUUAAUGGUAUUUCUAUGGAUAUAGGGUAUGAUGAUUUACCUUUGAGUUAUAAUUUUCUACAAUCCAAUAACUUUAAUACUGAAAAAGAUGACAUUUAUACAGUUACUGUGGAAGAUUUUGUGAAUCCUGAAGUUCACAGAGAAACCUAUACAAUGGUUUCAUCAAAAAAUAACGACAAUUCGGUGGAUACUCCUAUAGGAAGAAUAGAAGAAGGACAUGAAUAUAAUGUAACCACAGUAUUUUUAGUAAAAACAUUACUCAUUGUGUGUUUGGUUGCUUUAUGUAACAUUAUCAUAUUUGUGUUAUUGUACAAAAAUAGUCCUCUUGGUAUACUAAUACGCAAAAAAAUAAAAAGAAUGAAUUGUUUACAAAGAUAUAUAAGUAAAAAUGUGGAUGACUCAUUAAUAUCGAACAUAGAUAAUAGUAAAAUUGAAAUAUCAUACUUUUCAUGCACGGGUGCUCAAAAUAAUUACAUUUCAAUAUAA